GCAGAAACAAGGUCAUACACCAACCGUUCUAUGCGUGUAAUGGAUCUGUAAGAGUUUGCACGUUUCAACCACGACGUCAAUGACUGAGUAGCCUAACUCGAUUUCCUAGCUAUACCUACCCAGUAUUUAAGAGUAUGUCCCACUUGUUUUUUCGUUUUUCACAUCCACCUCUGUAAAAUGAAGCUAAUUCACAGGAGCCCCUUUUGUUCGCAUAGUGUUUCCGGACAUCGCCGCUCACAAAAUGCAACGUUCUCUGUCGCCAUGCAAGGCAAGCAAAGGGCACCCUCGCUGCCGUCCUCCAACAUGCAUGUCGGAGGACCGCUGAGACAUACCAGCUUUGCACCUUUGGCGCCGAAAGCCAGACCGGCGGCAGCGGUAGCAGCAGCUCCCUCGGCCGCACCCGCCGUUGUUGUUUCUCUGCCAGCAUCCCAGCAAGAAGCCGUGGAGGCAGCCGUGCAGUGCCUCCUACCGGCCCUAGCGCCGCUGCUGGCUUCCAAGCCAGCAAAGGCAGCAAAGGGCUUCAGCGGCCCCUCCCGACCCGGCAGCACCUCCCAGCCCUCCAACCGCUUCUCCAUUGAAAUCCCCGUGGCUGACCCCUCCGCCCAGGCGGCCCUGGACCUCACACACCGCCUCAUCUCCACCACCUCCUCCUCACCCGCCCCCACCUCAC